AUGGCGUGGAAUCGAAUGGCAGAAUGGGAUAUGGGAAUGGAAUUGGAAGGAAUUCGGGGGAAAUUGGCAUUGGAAACUGAACUGCUUCUUCUUCUUAUUGGGAAUUCCCUCAAUCGAAAUCGGAUUGAUUUCAGAGAAACCGAACGUUCUCUUUGUCCGUCUCUCACUCACUGGAUCAAUUCUAGGGCUUGGGGGUUAGGGAUUGAACCAAUUUAUAAUAUUGAUAGUGAUGAACUUGAGGCUGAACUUGAGGCUAAAAGUGUAGAUAUUCAAAGUGAUGUGAAUGUCGAAGAUGGGGUCAAUGUCGAAACUGAAGAUAGAGUAAAUGUGAUUCCCUCUUCGAGUAGUGCUCCGUUGGAGCCAUUCAUUGGUAUGGUAUUUGAGGAAGUCGAAGAUGCACAAGCAUUUUAUAACACAUAUGCAAGGCGACAAGGAUUUGCAAUCCGGACUAAUCAUAUUCGAUUGUCGAAAGAUGAUAAAACUCGUUGUGCAGUAGACUAUGUUUGCACAAGAGAAGGAUUUCGACGGGUAAGUCAGACAGACACAGAUCGAAUAAUGCUUGAACCUGCUGAGACAAAAAUUGGGUGUAAAGCAAUAAUGAGAAUAAAGAAAGAUGGUGAAAAGUAG